AUGUUCGGACCCUUUAGAAUAACGAAUCCCCUGUCGGGCGGACUGCUGUGGAAGAUCCCGUGGCGACUUUCGCGCUUCCAGAAGCGAAGACACAGAUUACGACUCCGGGCGGUGGACAGCGUGGUAGCUACGUUGGAUUCGGCGCUUGCGAAGAAGGGACAGACGCUGGAGGCGCUGGAGAGGUGGAAGGCUGAGAUGCCGACUGAGGCGGAGAUGUUGCCCAAGGAUAAAUAUACAAUUUUUGAUCGGAAGGCGAAGCGGUAUAGGAAGGGGAUUCACAGUAUGUUUGUGGGGAUGGGAGGAUGUGGACGAGGGUUUCGCAACGGGUUAACCCUCCUGGUUAUUAAACGACGUCGUCGAUCGAUUCGGAUGCUUGGUGGAGAUGGGAUUCAGGUCAAUUCGCCAGCGUAUCACGACAACCAUCGAUUGCGGAGUGUUGAGGGAUGGAAUUUGGCGAUUGAGUGGAAUUGCCUUGUAUAA